GCGUAGAAAUAAUAGAAUUUGGUAGAGAAAAAAACCCAAGAAGAAUAUAUAAUUUAAAACCUUGAAAACGUAUUGGUAGUAAUAGAAAUAGAAAAUUGAGUGAGUCAAUCUUACUGGAACUUAGUUAGAAAUCAAAACCCUUUUUCCGUGAACGCGGAAUCAGAACCCACAUAGUUUUUCCAAUACCCAUAAAACGCGCCCAGAGGCCAUCCCUCCGAUUAUUUUCUCUUCUCUCCGUACCAAACAACGCUUCAUAUUCAAAUUCUUGAGUUCCAUUUGUAAAUUUGAUUACAAGAGUUUUUUCUUGCAGUAAUUACCAUGGCAUCCGCCGCCAUAUUUUCGUCGUUGAUGAGGCGGAGAUCACCGACGCUGGAGGCUUUUCUGGCGCCGGUGGAUCUACCAAAUGCCGCCCUUUUGGACACUUUGCGUGCUAUUUCUAUGGACCUGCUGUUAUCCUUUUCGGGUAAAGAUAAGACACCUCCCUAUUUUCAGGUAAAGAAUUCCAGAUCUUUAAUCCGGAAAAUCCAGGUGAUUUCUCUUCUCCUGGAUGCUUUCCGGGACUUGGGGUUCUCGAAAAUUUCUACCACUGUGUUUUUGUGCUUCAAGGAGCUGUACCUCCUGCUUUACAGGUCCAAAAUCUUGAUCGACUACGUAAAAGGGUCGACUAAGUUGUGGCUGUUGCUUCAGAACCAAUCAAUUUCGGGUCAUUUCCAUGAUAUGAAUCAGGAAAUCUCGACCCUUUUGGAUGUUUUUCCUUUGCGUGAAAUUCAUUUAUCUGAGGAUGUUAAAGAACAAGUUGAAUUGCUCAGGAAACAAUCAAGGAAGUCCAAAUUGUCGAUUGAUAAGAAUGAUGAUUUACUGAGGUUGAAGCUUUACUCUUUCUUGAAUGAGUUUGAGAAUGGAAGGAUACCUGACAGGAACCAGUUGUACUCUUUUUUUGUGGAGAAGUUGCGAAUUUGCAAUGUCAAGAGUUACAGAGAUGAGAUUGAGUUCUUGGAGGAGCAGAUUGUGAAUCACGAUGGGGAUAUUGAGCCUACGGCCUCCGUUCUCAAUGGAUUUGUGGCUUUAAUGCGGUACUGUAGGUUCUUGCUGUUUAGAUUUGAGGAUGAGGAUGGUGAACUGGGAAAGUGGAAACGCAGGACAACGAAGAAAGGGCUGAUCACUCGGGAGAUUGCCGACACAUUUAUUACAAUCCCCAAGGAUUUCUGUUGUCCAAUAUCACUGGAUUUGAUGCAGGAUCCUGUAAUAGUGUCGACAGGGCAGACCUACGAGCGUGCGUCUAUUGCGAGAUGGGUGGAGGAAGGGCAUUCCACUUGCCCAAAGACAGGGCAGAUGCUUGUUCAUACUAAGUUGGUGCCGAACCGGGCUCUGAGAAAUUUGAUUCUGCAAUGGUGUAUGGCUAAUGGAAUUCCGUACGAUCCACCAGAAAAUGCAGAUUACUCCUCUGAAUGUGCAGUUUCUGCUCUUCCCAGCAAGGCAGCCAUGGAAGCCACUAAAGCCACAGCAGGUCUUCUUGUUGAACAUCUGGCAAAUGGGACCCCAAGAGCCCAGACUGUGGCUGCGAGGGAGAUUAGGUUGUUAGCUAAAACAGGAAGGGAGAAUCGGGCUUGCAUUGCUGAGGCUGGAGCUAUACCCCUUCUGAAAAGACUGCUUUUGUCUUCAGAUGCUUGUGCGCAAGAGAAUUCUGUGACUGCAAUGUUAAACUUGUCAAUUUAUGAUAAGAAUAAAAGCAGAAUUAUGGACGUAGAAGGAUGCUUAGGCACGAUUGUUGGAGUUCUGAGAUAUGGGCACACUACUGAGGCGAGGGAAAAUGCUGCAGCAACAUUAUUCAGCCUCUCUGCUGUGCAUGACUAUAAGAAACAAAUAGCCCAAGAAGGUGGGGCAGUAGAAGCUUUGGCUGGACUGCUGAGAGAGGGAACUGCCAGAGGCAAAAAAGACGCGGUAACCGCCUUGUUUAAUUUAUCCACCCACACUGAGAAUUGUGCAAGGAUGAUAGAGUCAGGAGCUAUAACAGCACUAGUAGGAGCACUGGGCUGUGAAGGUGUUUCUGAAGAAGCUGCAGGUGCAUUGGCCCUGAUCGUGCGACAGCCAGUGGGGGCUGAAGCAGUCGCGAAAGAGGAAAUGGCAGUGGCCGGGUUGACUGGAAUGAUGAGAUGUGGCACUCCAAGGGGAAAAGAAAAUGCUGUGGCAGCGUUGCUUGAAUUAUGUAGAGGAGGUGGUGCAGCCGCCACAGAGAGGGUGCUGAAAGCUCCGGCGCUCGCUAGCUUAUUGCAGAGCUUACUCUUUACGGGUACCAAAAGAGCUAGGAGAAAAGCAGCGUCACUUGCUAGAGUCUUCCAGAGGUGUGAGAAUGCUUCGUUGCAUUUUGGCGGGUUAGGUGUAGGGUAUGCAUUUGCAGGGAACUCAGCUGAGCCUAGAGAUACAAGUUUUGCUGGUGAUGUUGGAAUGCCAGUCUCCAUUUCUGUGCCUGUAUUAUAGUGGUGAAAUGCACAUUUGUGGUGUUGUUUAACCCAUUCGUUACUCAUCCCAUUUUUUAUCUGUAAUAGUUACAAAAAUUUUCAUUCAAAUACCAAUAUAAGAAAAUGAGGUUAUAGACAUAAA